UGUAGUUCUCCCUGGUCGAGUCAAUCCUUAAGGCGAGGUGGCUGUUUGCUUACCCAGCCCCAGGCUAUUAGGCUUAGUCUUACAGGUUUUGGCAAAGCGGAAACACUUCGGGACCCUGGGCGGGUUCUUUGUCUCAUCUCUCGGCUUCUGCUUUACACAGGCCCUUCUGUCUGCGGUGUCUCACGUCGGGACUCUAAGGGCGGCUUGGGAGUUCCUGCUGACAGCGCCGCCCGGGCCGGGCUUCAGGAAGGAGAGGCGGUGAGAGCCAGGUCGCAAACAUGUCUGACAAAAGUGAAUUAAAGGCAGAGUUGGAACGUAAGAAGCAGCGGUUGGCUCAAAUAAGAGAGGAAAAGAAGAGGAAAGAAGAAGAAAGGAAAAAAAAGGAAACUGAUCAGAAGAAGGAAGCAGCUGCUCCUGUGCAAGAAGAAUCAGAUCUUGAAAAAAAAAGAAGAGAAGCUGAAGCAUUGCUUCAAAGCAUGGGGCUAACUCCAGAAUCCCCCAUUGUCCCUCCUCCUAUGUCUCCAUCCUCCAAAUCUGUGAGCACUCCAAGCGAAGCUGGAAGCCAAGACUCUGGAGAUGGCGCAGUGGGAUCUAGGACGCUGCAUUGGGAUACAGAUCCAUCAGUUCUUCAGCUUCACUCAGAUUCCGAUUUGGGACGAGGACCUAUUAAACUUGGAAUGGCUAAAAUUACGCAAGUUGACUUUCCACCUCGUGAAAUCGUCACAUAUACGAAGGAAACUCAGACUCCAGUUAUGGCUCAACCCAAAGAAGAUGAAGAGGAAGAAGAUGACGUAGUGACUCCUAAACCACCUAUUGAACCUGAGGAAGAGAAAACUUUAAAGAAAGAUGAAGAAAGUGAUAGUAAAGCCCCCCCGCACGAGCUGACUGAAGAAGAAAAGCAGCAAAUCUUGCACUCUGAGGAAUUUUUAAGUUUCUUCGACCAUUCUACAAGAAUUGUAGAAAGAGCUCUUUCUGAGCAGAUUAACAUCUUCUUUGACUACAGUGGAAGAGAUUUGGAAGACAAAGAAGGAGAGAUUCAAGCAGGUGCUAAACUGUCAUUAAAUCGACAAUUUUUUGACGAACGUUGGUCAAAGCAUCGGGUUGUUAGUUGUUUGGAUUGGUCAUCUCAGUAUCCAGAGUUACUUGUGGCUUCCUAUAAUAACAACGAAGAUGCUCCUCAUGAGCCUGAUGGGGUGGCCCUUGUAUGGAAUAUGAAAUACAAAAAAACUACUCCAGAGUAUGUGUUUCACUGCCAGUCAGCCGUUAUGUCUGCUACAUUUGCAAAAUUUCAUCCAAAUCUGGUUGUUGGUGGUACAUAUUCAGGCCAGAUUGUGCUGUGGGAUAACCGUAGCAAUAAAAGAACUCCAGUGCAAAGAACUCCACUGUCAGCUGCAGCACACACACAUCCUGUAUAUUGUGUAAAUGUUGUUGGAACACAGAAUGCUCACAAUCUGAUUAGUAUCUCUACUGAUGGAAAAAUUUGUUCAUGGAGUCUGGACAUGCUUUCCCAUCCACAGGAUAGCAUGGAAUUGGUUCAUAAACAGUCAAAGGCAGUCGCUGUGACAUCUAUGUCCUUCCCUGUUGGAGAUGUCAACAACUUCGUUGUUGGGAGUGAAGAAGGUUCUGUGUACACAGCAUGCCGCCAUGGCAGCAAAGCUGGAAUCAGUGAGAUGUUCGAGGGACAUCAAGGACCAAUUACUGGCAUUCAUUGUCAUGCAGCUGUUGGAGCAGUGGACUUCUCACAUCUUUUUGUCACUUCAUCAUUUGACUGGACAGUAAAACUUUGGACAACUAAGAAUAACAAGCCUUUGUACUCAUUUGAAGAUAAUUCGGACUAUGUUUAUGAUGUUAUGUGGUCACCCACCCACCCAGCCCUGUUUGCCUGUGUGGAUGGCAUGGGUAGGCUGGAUUUGUGGAAUCUCAAUAAUGACACAGAGGUGCCAACUGCCAGCAUUUCUGUGGAGGGUAAUCCUGCUCUUAAUCGCGUAAGAUGGACCCAUUCUGGAAGAGAGAUUGCCGUGGGUGAUUCUGAAGGACAGAUUGUUAUAUAUGAUGUGGGAGAGCAGAUUGCUGUCCCCCGAAAUGAUGAAUGGACACGGUUCGGCCGAACACUUGCAGAAAUUAAUGCAAACCGAGCGGAUGCAGAGGAGGAAGCAGCUGCCCGAAUACCUGCUUAGCUCCUGAAAAGGGAAUAUGUAGCCGUAGUGGAUUUGGGGAACACUCUAAGUAGAUCCUAGAACUAUUUGCAUGCUUCUAUCUAAAUGAUAAUUAAAAGGAAAUUUCGUGGAUUAAACUGUGGAUUUAAUGCAGCAAGCAAAUCUUACAAAGUCCUUUUUUAUAUAACAUGCAUCUUGUUUUGGAUUUGUGUCAUUUUUAAUGCAGCUGAUUGACUUUACAGAAUGCAGCCUUUUCUGAAUUCUUAUACACAGGUGUAUAUUUGGUAUUCUUUUGAAGUCUUUUCAGCUUAUAACACUAUACACAGUUAUUUCUAAAGCACAGAUUAAGUAAGUUCUACAUAUUUUUAAAUAAUCACAAUUCCCUGUUACACUGAUAAUGUUCUCACUAACCAUAAUAUGUAGGAACAUUGUUUAUUCUUAGCCAUAGCAUGAAUACAUCUAUCCAGUUCCAUUCUGAUAUUCUUUUUUUCCUUUAUAAUUCAUGUGAUAACAAUCUAUAAAUAAACACAAAUAUGCUUUAACUUUUCAAAUUUUCAUUUUGAUUUACUCCUUGCAAUUAAAAUUUUAUUAAAUUCUGCCGCUUUUAUAAAGUAUCUUUUUUUCAUCUCUUUCUUUAAGCUCCUGUUGUAAGCAGCCACCUCAAACCUCAUAAAGCUUUGUGCCUUAAAUAUACCAUAUAGUAUACUGUAGAUCUCCCAGUGCAUUAUGAGCUGAUGUCUAGAUAAUCUAUGUCAGUGACCGAAUUUUUCCUAGGUUAAUUUUUGUUUUAAUCCCUUUUUUCUUUCCAUCUAAGAUCUAUUUAAUUUAAAGAAUAAACAGAAAGCUGCCUAUUAUUCUCACUGGUUGAGAUUAUAUGUGAGCCCUCUGAGACUGAAACCUUUGAGAGAAAUUGAUUUUGUGGUUGCAGUAGCCAUGAAGGAAAGUGCUCAAAUGAAUUUUGUCAUUGGAUCAACUGCACAUCUUGAGAUCUGUUACUACAACCUCAUCUAUACGCCUGAAAGGUAAGUGGCAGAUAUCUAAGGAUUUGUGUUGCAGUCAACCUGUUUCAGGACUAGAGAAAAGGGUUAUGCUCAGAUACUGAAUUUAUCCACUUUAAAUUGUCCAUUUCCUUGAUCCUGACCUUUUGCCUUUCCAAAGUUUAACUGUCAUUUAUUCAACAACAUGAACUAGGAAGGAAGAGUAGUAGAUGCCAGAUUUUGAACAUUUUCGUUUGGUUUGAUUUUUCUUAAUUUAACAAAGAUCUGUUGGGAAAUGAAUUUUUAAGUAAUUUAUUCUUAACUAUGAGUAUUGUAUAGUGUGAGGAAUAAUUGACCUGGAAUAUUAGACCCAAACUCUAAUUCUAGCUCUGGCACUCAUGGGAAGUGUGAUUUUAGCCAACCAAGUCUUUCCAUCUGACUUUUUUAUUAUCUAGGAAUUAAGUUAGGAUGAGAUGAUUUCUAAAUUUCCUUCCAGCUCUAAAAUUAUUGAUUGUAAUUACUUCAGGCAGUUCUCUAUUUUUAUAUAUUCAGUUUUCAUAAGUUGACACCCCAUAAUUGCCUACUAUAGACCAAAGAUUUUUUUUUUAAUAUCAGCAGGCAAAUAAAUAAGUUAUCUCAUGGUAGUAAUGUCUGUGAGUCAAAAAUUCAAUUUUAGCAGGGUCACACUGUCUUAGUAUAGAAUUCGUGUAAUCACUGAAAUAGUUAUUGCAUUCUUGCCCACCAUUUAUAUAAAUGACUAGAAAAAGAGAAAACAUAAUUAUGAUUAAGGUUGGAAAUCAUGAGAUGUGGCAAAUCCAGCUGCUCAUUGGAUUCAAGUUGAUGCAUCCAAUUGUGAAAGAAUAGAAUUGGUAAGUGUUUGUAAAAUA